AUGGUACCGGCCAAUUCCAGAAAGCUUACGGCCGACGAUAUCGCUGUUCGCGACAUCAGGAAGCUGGUCAUUGACUGCUGUCGACAAAACGGAGGCGGUCACGGUGGCUCAGCAAUUGGCAUGGCGCCGCUGGGCGUCGCCCUUUGGCGUCACACGCUUCGGUUCAGCACGAAGAAUCCCGCAUGGUUCGAUCGAGAUAGGUUCGUUCUAUCAAACGGACACGCAGCAAUCUUCUUAUACGUCAUGCUCCAUGUCGCAGGGUACCCACACAUGACCCUUGACGAGCUCAAGAUGUACGCAGAUCCAAAGGCCUUCGACCACAAGACAGGUACAUGGAAAUCUACCAUCUGUCACGGGCACCCGGAAAUCGAGGUACCUGGCGUUGAAGUAACGACGGGCCCUCUUGGACAAGGAAUUGCCAACGCCGUUGGUCUGGCCAUCGCAUCCAAGCAUCUGGCAGCGACAUUCAACAAGCCAGGAUACGACAUGAUACAAUCCCGAGUAUACUGCUCAACUGGUGAUGGGUGUCUCCAAGAGGGCGUGGCCAUGGAGGCCGUGGCAAUUGCGGGUCAUCUAAAGCUGGACAAUCUUGUCUUGUGCUAUGACAAUAACCAGGAUACCAACUCAAAGAUGAGGUCUAUGGGUUGGAACGUGAUCGACGUCUUUGAUGGCGACAACUCGGUUGAGAGCAUCGUCAACGCUCUCAACCUCGGCAAAGCAACAAAGCACAUGCCGACAUUCAUCAAUAUCAGGUCAACAAUCGGCUACGGCACAACGACCGCUGGGACAGCCAAGUCUCAUCACGGAACCUACAGUGAGGCAGACGCUGCCUUAUACGCCGAGACUAGUGACCAGGCCUCACACCGCGUCUCCAAGGAGUGCAGAGCAUAUUUCAACGAGCGGGCAGAUCAAGGCAAUUGUGACCAGGAUCUCUGGCUUGACACGCUCGACCGUUAUUGUCAAGACUUCCCCAGAGAAGGAACGCUUCUUCGUGCCCGAAUCGCGGGCGAGGUGAACUACGGCGACGUGCUCUCACGCAUACAGUUCCCCCAGGAGCCUGCUGCUACACGCUCUCUCAAUGGAGUCAUUUUUCAGAAAUUAAUGGACCACGUCCCUAACAUUAUUGCCGGGGGCUCUGAUUUAUGGAAUUCCAAUCAGAUGGGUGACCACUCGCACCGAAUCUUUGAUGGAUCAAGGCGUGAGGGCCGAGUCAUCCGCUAUGGGAUCCGUGAGCACGCCAUGGCCGCAAUUUCGAAUGGCCUAGCUGCCUACUCUCCCAACGCUAUCAUUCCCGUUACCGCAACCUUCUUCAUGUUCUAUCUUUACGCCGCUCCUGGAGUAAGAAUGGGGGCGCUGAGCUCUCUCAAAGUCAUUCAUGUUGCCACGCAUGACUCUAUUGGAGAGGGGCAGAAUGGGCCGACCCAUCAGCCAGUAGAGGUUGACUCCCUAUAUCGUGCCAUGCCCAACCUGCUCUAUAUACGCCCUGCAGACGGCGAGGAGAUCAUCGGUGCGUGGUCUUCAGCCCUGGAGGUCCAAGGGCAACCAGUCAUCAUAUCCCUUGCCAGAGAUCCACCUGAAAUCACAAUACCAAAUACAAGCCGCACGAAAGAAUCCAAAGGAGGUUACGUUAUCGUGGACCACCCCAAGCCAGUUGUGACUCUCGUAUCUUGUGGCUCCGAGCUACAGUUUGCUGUUGGUGCCGCUGCUAAACUAGCAGAACAAGGAAUUGGUACGAGGGUUGUAAGCAUGCCUUGUUUGCGUCUCUUCGAAGCUCAAAGCAAAGAUUACCAGGAGCAUAUGUCCCUGGAUUCUGGGCACGCAUCUGCACGGCUUCUAUUGGGAUGA